ACUAGUAUUUAAACUUUGAAUAAAUGGUUUUUAAUUCCUACCAAAAUGCUCACCACUUCCAAAAUGUAAGAAAAUUAUUUUAAAAUCCCUUGUAGGGUACUUAAUGAGUUAUCGGUAGGUGAAGUUCGGUAGUUCAUUAAGUAUUCUACGGGAUCAUGUUAUGCCUUACAGAGGAGUAAGGUGUGACACUUGCCCGGAGAAGGGAUGAUAAAUUCUGGUUUUUUCAAGCCCAGGCCGAACUGCGGGCUCUUAACCGAUCUCCCUUCUUCGCUGAAGAACUGGAAAGAUCAGUUUUUCAUACUUAGAAGCAAGGAUCGAAAUGGCUUUGAGAGGAUCUCGCGUAAUUAGAAUUACUUGGUCUCCCAAGUGCCCAAGAAGAUCGCCCUAAAUAAAGAUGAAGACGCCAUGGUGAAGAAGUUGAAAAAUCAGGCUACCGUUCACAAACAUUCAUGUUUGGAUUCGGUCAUGGCUGAACUGAAGUGGUGGAUGAUGCGGCUGAUCGCCCAUGAGGAUUACGAGCUACAACUCUCUGACCUCGGUCCCGUGACUGGUAUGGCGGCAAGUGAGUUUGCAAAAGAGAGCUGUAAGCGAAAAAGAGAGGUAGCUCAGAAAGUACGGGAGAUGAAGGAAGCUGCAGCCUCUGCUGCUCUGACGUCGAGACGGGACUACGUAAAUCCACUACAUGCCUUGUGUCUUCCUCAUCCAAAUGGGUUAUUGAUUCUGGUGCGACAGAUCACAUGACAGGUAAUUCUAGUCUUCUAUCUGCUUUUCAGUCUAAUCUCACUUCCUCCUCUAUUGUUACUUUAGCUGAUGGUUCUACUUCUUGUGUCAUGGGUUCUGGAACUGCGAACCCGACUUCGUCAAUUUCUUUGUCAUCUGUUUUGUGUCUACCAAAAUUCUCUUUUAUUCUACUUUCUGUUAGUAAACUUACUUGUACCUUAAAUUGUUCUGUUUUUUUUUUCCUGACCAGUGUUUGUUUUAGGAUCUUACGACGAAGCAAAUUAUUGGUAGAGGACGUGAGUCAGGUGAUCUCUACAUUCUGGAAAAUCAUGUACCGCGGUCACUUGUUUGCUCUAGUACCUUAACACCUCUUGAAGCUCAUUGUAGAUUGGGCCAUCCUUCUUUGUCUACCAUGAAGAAGCUAUGUCCUCAGUUUCAGUCUUUAUCAGUACUAGAAUGUGAGUCGUGUCAGUUUGCAAAACAUCAUCGUUUGCCUUCUGUAUCUAGAGUCAAUAAACGGGCUUCAUCCCCUUUUGAGUU